CUCCUGCGUGUCUAUUUCCAGCCAGGACCGCCGGCGACCGCCGCACCGGUGCCCUCACCGACCCUCUCCUCGGGGGAGAAUGGCACCGGCGACUGGGCUCCGCGGCUCGUGUUCAUCGAGGAGCCCCCGGGCGGUAGCAGCGUGGCCCCUAGCGCGGUCCCCACGCGCCCCCCGGGACCGCAGCGCUGCCGGGAGCAGAGCGACUGGGCAUCGGACGUGGAAGUCCUGGGGCCCUUGCGUCCCGGGGGCGUGGCAGGCUCGGCCCUGGUCCAGGUGCGAGUGCGGGAGCUGCGCAAGGGCGAGGCGGAGCGGGGCGGCGCGGGCGGUGGCGGGAAGCUCUUUUCGCUCUGCGCCUGGGAUGGGCGCGCGUGGCACCACCACGGCGCCGCCGGCGGCUUCCUGCUGCGCGUCCGCCCGCGGUUGUACGGCCCAGGCGGGGACCUGCUGCCCCCUGCGUGGCUGCGGGCGCUCGGGGCGCUCCUGCUGCUAGCCUUGUCGGCCCUGUUCAGCGGCCUGCGCCUGAGCCUGCUGUCGCUGGACCCGGUGGAGUUACGGGUGCUGCGGAACAGCGGCUCGGCCGCCGAGCAGGAGCAGGCGCGCCGCGUGCAGGCCGUUCGCGGCAGGGGGACCCAUCUGCUCUGCACCCUGCUCCUGGGCCAAGCCGGAGCCAACGCGGCCCUGGCUGGCUGGCUGUACGCCUCGCUGCCGCCGGGCGUCGGGGGCACCGGGGAAGACUACGGCGAAGAGGGGAUCCACUUCCCUUGGCUGCCGGCGCUCGUGUGCACCGGCGCGGUAUUCCUGGGCGCCGAAAUCUGCCCAUACUCAGUGUGUUCGCGGCAUGGGCUGGCCAUCGCCUCGCACAGCGUGUGCCUGACCCGGCUUCUGAUGGCAGCCGCCUUUCCCGUGUGCUACCCGCUGGGCCGCCUGCUGGACUGGGCGCUGCGCCAGGAGAUAAGCACCUUCUACACGCGGGAGAAGCUGCUGGAGACGUUGCGGGCCGCAGACCCCUACAGCGACCUGGUGAAGGAGGAGCUCAACAUCAUACAGGGUGCCCUGGAGCUGCGCACCAAAGUGGUGGAGGAGGUGCUGACCCCCCUGGGAGACUGCUUCAUGCUGCGCUCAGACGCGGUGCUCGAUUUCGCCACUGUCUCCGAGAUCCUGCGCAGCGGCUACACUCGCAUCCCAGUGUAUGAGGGCGACCAGCGGCACAACAUUGUGGACAUUUUAUUUGUCAAGGACUUGGCCUUCGUGGACCCCGACGACUGCACCCCGCUCCUCACUGUCACCCGCUUCUACAACCGGCCCCUGCAUUGUGUUUUCAAUGACACCCGACUGGACACGGUACUGGAGGAGUUUAAGAAGGGAAAAUCUCAUCUGGCCAUUGUCCAGCGGGUGAAUAAUGAGGGAGAAGGAGAUCCUUUCUAUGAGGUGAUGGGCAUUGUCACACUGGAGGAUAUCAUAGAGGAGAUCAUCAAGUCAGAGAUCCUGGAUGAAACGGAUCUCUACACUGAUAAUCGGAAAAAGCAGAGGGUCCCACACCGGGAGCGGAAGCGGCAUGACUUCUCCUUGUUUAAGCUUUCGGACACAGAGAUGCGGGUGAAGAUCUCACCACAGCUUCUGCUGGCCACACACCACUUCAUGGCCACAGAAGUGGAGCCCUUUAAGUCUCUGUACCUUUCGGAGAAGAUCCUGCUCCGGCUCCUGAAACAUCCCAACGUGAUCCAGGAGCUGAAGUUUGAUGAGAAGAACAAGAAGGCCCCGGAACACUACCUCUACCAGCGCAACCGCCCUGUGGACUACUUUGUGCUGCUUCUACAGGGUAAAGUGGAGGUGGAGGUUGGUAAGGAAGGCCUUCGCUUUGAGAAUGGAGCCUUUACUUACUAUGGCGUCCCAGCCAUCAUGACCACUGCUUGCUCAGAUAAUGACGUGCGGAAGGUUGGAAGUCUGGCUGGAUCUUCUGUCUUUCUGCCCGUCUCUGUGUCUCGUACCUUCGCUGUCAGCAGAGGGGACUCUCUGGCAGGCUCCCCAGGUAAACAUGCAUGGGUGUCUUGGGUCUCCGUAGAUCCAGAGGGGUUUGCAAGAAGCCUUUGGCCUCUGUCACUUUCCUGCCUGAGAACUAAUCUCUCCAACAGGCACUCUUGUGACUAAGGCAUAGCACUUUGCACAAACAGCACUCAUUUGCACAUACCACCCAGGCAUUGCUGGUUCAGUGCUGUCAUUUGUGAGCUUACCUCCCAGGAAUGUAUCUAUGUACGCACAUGGAAAAAUGGUGGGAGUGAGGGAUAGUGUGAGUUUUUCCUCAUUUGUUUGACUACAGAAUGGAGGGAUGAGGAGGACAGCAUGAAUGAAAUGGGAAUAGUGGAAUACUAUGCUUUAUUUCUACCUAUUUUCUUUCUACCUUUCUUUCCUUCCAUGUCCUAAUCUUCCUAAUAAUGUUACUGUGUGAUCAUCAUAUUCUCACUAGCUCUGCUCAUACAAAGGAUGCUAUAUGUAAAACUUUCAAAACAACUUUUCAUUAGGUUUAACCUCUUUUGUUAAUAAGUGAAAUAGUCACUGGGUUUCUUUUUAAUCGGUAACAAUUCCUCAUAGAGCUAGAUAAUAAUUGAAUGACUGAGUAGAAUGCAACAAAUCUGAAUGAUCAACUGUUUGUUUUCAUCUCUAGAGGUUGUUCUCUUGGGCUCAUAGAGCAAGUAAUGACUAAACCAGGAAUGUAUUUGUUAAAUUGCCCUGCAGUUAGCACACAGUUCCAUUUCCUCUACCCUCUAAAUCUGUAUCCCUUAUCCCAUUGCUGGGGUAAUGCUACUAAGACCCCACCACAUCCUCAGUCAUCGAGAAAUUGCUUAUGUUUCUCUGUCUGUAUAGUAGAUCCUCGACAUUUAAAAAAGGCUAUGUUCUCCAAUUUGCAACCUCAGUAGUAUUUGUGUUGACUUCUGUUUUUUCCCAAAAUCAAAUUUUUUCAUCAAAAACCAUCUGGUCCUCAUGUUGAUCUAUACAAGAUAAGUUAACCACCUUCUCAAAUUUCACUGACAUUUUCUCUCUCUCUCUUUCGAUGGUGAUUUUCCAUUAAGAAAUAGUUUUUCUUGCCUUGUGAGAGCUCAUGCCUUAAUGAUGACUACAGGAUUGGACAGUCAAUGUGAGAUACCAAUCUGGUGCCCUCGCCAGCUAAAUGGUCUACUCCUACAUGCCAGCAAAAUUAGAAAUGACCACAUGAUGGACCUUCAAGUUCCUUCACAUGCAGUGAAUCUUGGUGAUGCCAACAGUGUGCUGUGAAGGUUCAGAGGAAAGGGGAGAUGCACAUUUUAAAAGACUUUCAGCCCAAAAGAUCAAAGCGAGGAUGCGUUUUCCUUUUUAAUUAACCUUCAGAUAACCAGAUGACCUAGUUAAUUGUAACUUCCCAGUUAAAGGAAGGUUAAUUCUAGUUCAUCUGUAUUGAUUAUGAUAAAGUUCAUGAUAACCCAAUGUCAGAGAUGAAAGUGAUACCUUCCUGCUGUGCAGAACCUCCAGGAAGUGCUGAGACUUCUGAUCCAACUCUGGGUGCUGUCACGUGCCCCUGAGAAUAUUUUCAACUUUCCCCCCUUUUCCAUGACUGUGGGUAUUCAACACAACAAGAGAUUAGUGUCAACACAAUGCAAACCCUACUCAUAAAGAGGUAAGCUUAUUCCCAUCCCUGGUUUAACUGUGCAGGGUGGAGCAGUGGUCGGUACAGUGGGAGAAAACCAGAGGUAGGGAGUGCCUAACUUCUCCUUUGGCUUAUUCCUCUCCACCUUAUGUCUGGUCUCUAUCUAGAGCUAAUCACUGUGCCUUCCCAGUGAUCAGGUGACAUCCACAGGACCUAUUCUGUGAUAUUUCCUCUGUCAUUCUUGCUUUUGUUCCAUAUCAUUAAAAGAAGUAGCCUCAGAGGUCUGGGAUUUUAUAAAAAGAAGUUCCAGGUAACUUCUGGCCCUGUAAGCACAGAGACUUUGGAACCAGGGGUUCUUAUUCAGUGCUCGACUGUCCAUUCAUAAUGUGCAUAGAGAUCAACAAUGAUGCCAUUUUCUCCUAGAAUAUGCCAAAGUACCUAAAAAAAUCUUUUUACUUUGCAAAAUGUGCUGAGUGGAAAUAUUGAUUUCUGAUCCAGAUACAUUAGUUUACAUAUAUGCUAAAUCUCAACCCUAUCUUAUAUGGGGGAAAAAUAAAUCCUAGAAACCAGUAGGGUCUUUAGGUCUAAAAAAGAACUGUCAUUGUCUUAUUUGACUCCCCACAAUCACUUUGGGAGAUAGGCAGGAAUUGUCAUUGAAAAACAACAGACAAAAAAACAGGCUCUGAGAAAGUCAGUGAGUGUUGUAUGUGUAGUAGGUAUGUAGAGGGACAAGGACUGGAAUCUAAGUCUUAGAUCGUGCUCUCCACCUACUGCCUGAGACCUUGCUUUACCUCUGAAUAUAGACAUUUUGUGCCCUCUAGAGGGCUGUGAUUUAUUUGCAUUUUGAAAGCAGUGCUAAUAACAAAUCUGGUGCUCACACUAGAUUGAGGCCAGAGGUCUCUGCACCAAAUAUUGCCAUCAUUAUCCAUGGGGAGUCUCUUUCUAUUUGAGCCUUAGUUUGAAGUAAGAGCACAGUGGUUUGCAGAUUACCUCCAGGGUGUGGUG